AAGAACCAAAUCUCGCGAUAUCACGGAGCUGGAGACGCGCUGGUUUCAGAAAGUAGCUGCGUGACGAGCAGCGAGUAAAUAAAGAGCUGGAACUGGUUUCACUCUGGUUCCAGACUCUGUUUGAGCUGGUUUCACUCUGGAUCUGCGGGAUGCGUCGUUAGCUCGGGUCAGACUCGGUGAACGAUGAAGUGCGUCGUGUCCGCGUGUCCGAACUGGAUCAACCGGAAGAUCUUUAAACAACCAGCGAAGAAGUUCUUCAGACUACCGGCGGACCCGGAGAGAGUCCAGGUGUGGCUGGCAGCGCUGAGGGAGACGGACAAACCCGACCUGACGGAGCAUCAUCUAAUCUGUGAGGACCACUUCCUGCCAGAGCACAUUUCCUCCAGUGGGAUCAGCACCGACGCCAUUCCCAUCAUGCCCCAGUGCCUGGACGAGCGGCUGAGUCUGACGAGCCCCUGGGGAGCAGAGUCAGAGGAGGACGAGGAUCAGUGGACCUCAGACGGAGAGGAGGCUGUUGAAGGUGGAGACGAGACGCCUCCUUCAGAGGAUCCACUUGAGCAGGACUCGGGGGCCAAGAAAACUUCAGGGGUCAAAACGACAAGUGUCGGGCCGCAUGAGACAACGAGAGAAGACAAACAAGGCUGGUCUGUGGGAAAGGUGACGCAGCGUUUCCUGGAGAUGUUCCUGACGGUUCCUGACGGUUUACUGGACCUCAGGCAGGUGACGACGAGGCUGCGAACCCACAAGCAGCGAGUGAAUGACAUCACCAACAUCCUGCAGAGCGUCAACCUGAUCGAGAGGCACUCGACCAACGUGAUCAAGUGGAUAGGAGGAAGUCCCGUCAGCAGCUUCCUGUCGAAGAACCAGCAGAAGCUCCGGAGGGAGCUGCAGAACCUGAAGCUGGUGGAGGAGACGCUGGACUCGCUCAUCAAGAGCUGCAGCAGGCAGCUCUUCAUCAUGACGGACGACCAGGAGAGUUCACCGAUGGCAUACGUGACGCUCAAAGACCUCAGUCGACUCAGAGUUUUCCAGGAGCAGACGAUGCUCGUCGUCAAAGCUCCGGACGAAACGACGCUGAGCGUUCCUGCACCGUCAGAGGACAGCAUCCGUGUCCAUCUGAAGGGGGCGGGUCCCAUCGUGGUGCUGACCUGUGACGUCACUGGGGGAAACAACGUCCGCUUCGUAACGCUGGAGGAAAGUCGGGUGACGACGACCUCGCUGCUCAAAGAGUCAUUGAAUUCACAGAGCCCCGUGCAGAAAGUCACCAGCUGACCACCAGGAGGCACCGGUUGUCCUUGUGGUUCUGUCAAGUCUGGAAAACAGAAGCUGUGAAUGUGUGCAGGUUCCAGCUGGACCCGUGUUCCUCCAACAGACGCUGACGAACAUUGGAGUCACACGUGGUGUCAACGUGGAGCCAGAGGACAUUUAGACAUUUGACGUUAAUUAUUUUUGUGAACGUCUGAAACUCCUCAUGUUCCUGCUCGAUGUUCUACAGAUAUUAAUGUUUAUGAGAUGCAGUAAUAAGCUGUCAUGUAAUAUUCUAUCAUACUUUGAAUCACUGACAUUUACUGGAAAAUACUUCUACACUUUAUAUUUCGUUUGUUUUGGAUCUGAAAUGUUUUCUCAAACAUAAAAUCAGUGAAAUGAACCUUUAGGAUAUUUAGUUUUAGUUCUUAAAACGUCUCAAUGAACCAGGUCUUCAAAACUUUAAGUUAAUAAUUAUGUCAACGUUCAUUUGAUGAUUCUUCUGUCGCACUUUAAAAUGAGCUUUAUAUUUUUAAGGGAAAUGUUACGGCAUCAUGUAGAGUUUGUAAUGUCUCAUUCUCUGUGAUAUAAUAAAACCACAACGUGGACCUGAUCGUCUA